AUGGCUCCUCUUGCCGAGUCAGCCCGGCCAAGUGUGAGCAACACCAAAGUUGCCGCCCAAGCCGAGUCCCAUGUCGAAGUCGAAGAGGUCCUCGACCCAGAGCUGCAGAAAUACCUCGACACAAAUCCUAAGCAAGGCCUGAGCAAGGAGGAGGCCGAGAAGCGGCUACUCCACUUUGGCCGCAAUGAGAUGACCGAUAAAAAAGUCAAUCCGAUCCUCAAGUUUCUCUCGUUUUUCGGCGGCUCGGUCUCGAUUCUGCUGGAGAUAGCGACCAUCAUCUCUGCAGUGGCUGGUGAUUACACGGAUUUUGGCAUCCUUAUAUUUGUCCUCAUCGUCAAUGCCUGCAUCGGAUUUAUCGAAGAGUCCAAGGCCGAGAAUGCCCUGGACGCCCUCAAGAACACCCUCGCUCUCAAUUCCCGGGUCUGGCGAGACGGCCGAAUUACCGAGAUACCAUCUGCGAUCCUCGUCCCGGGCGACGUCAUUAUUCUGCGAAUCGGCGACAUCAUCCCGGCAGACUGCAGACUUCUUGGACUCGAUGCCUCAGGCGAGCCUUCAUCUGGAUCACUCCAGAUCGACCAGUCGGCGCUCACAGGCGAGUCGCUCCCAGUGACGAAGGGCAAAGACGGCACAGCAUACUCCAGCUCGAUUGUCAAGCAGGGUCAGAUGCUGGCUAUUGUCACCAAAACCGGGCCGCACACAUAUAUUGGACGUGCCGCCCAGCUGAUCUCGCUAACGAACGAGCAAGGCCAUUUUCAGAAAAUCGUCAACUCCAUCGGCAACUUCUUGAUCGGCAUCACCAUUGUGAUGGUCUUGAUCAUUCUGAUAUACAAAACGGCUGGUCUGAAAGAGUCCUUCAUGACGGCGCUCAAACAAGUGGUCGUCCUUACCGUGGCGGCCAUUCCCAUCGGCUUGCCAACGGUGAUGUCCGUCACCAUGGCCGUGGGCGCCAAGCAGUUGGCGACCAAGCAGGUUAUCGUCAAGAGACUGACGUCGAUCGAAGAGCUCGCGUCAGUGUCGAUUCUCUGCUCAGAUAAGACGGGCACCCUGACCCUGAAUGAAUUGACCCUCGACAAGCCGUUCUUGGCAUACAAGCAGAGCACCUCGGAGAACCCCAAGGGCUGUGGCCAGCAGUACACCAACGACGACCUGUUGCUCAAUGCCUUCUUUGCCAGCGAGCCCGGAGCCCAGGAUGCGAUCGAGCUCGCCGUGCGCAGGGCUUCCCUCAGCACCGUGGAUGUGCUGAAGCAGAUGAACCAAAACCACUCGAUUGAUGUGCCUGGCUUCAAGAUUACGAGCUUUACUCCGUUCAACCCGGUUGCCAAAUACACCGAGGCGACGGUCAAGAAUCUCCAAACCGGUGCGACCUUCCGCUGUAUCAAAGGCGCACCGCAUGUGAUCACGCAUAUGGCUGGCGGUCACUCCUUGGCCGACAUUGCUGUCCAGGAAUUCGCCCUCCGCGGUCUGAGAGCCUUGGGUGUGGCCCGAACCACGGACGAGAAAAUGGAGCAGUUUGAUGUCAUUGGCAUGAUAUCGCUGCUGGAUCCCCCUCGGCCCGACUCGGCGGCAACGAUAUCGCGCUGCAAGGAUUUGGGUGUAUCGGUUAAAAUGAUCACGGGCGACCAGCUUAUCAUUGCAAAGGAGGUUGCCCAGCGCCUGGGCAUGCCCAGAACGAUCCUCGACGCUACGCGGCUGUCAGAUCCCUCGCUCUCGGAGAAGCAGCUCAUCGAGCGGGUCGAGAAGGCCGAUGGUUUUGCCCAGGUCAUUCCCGAACACAAGUUCAGGGUAGUCGAGCUCCUGCAAAAGAAAGGCUACCUGGUGGGCAUGACCGGUGACGGCGUCAACGACGCACCUGCUUUGAAGAAAGCCAACGUCGGCAUCGCUGUGCACGGGUGCACUGAUGCUGCCCGAUCGGCAGCGGAUAUUGUUUUGCUGUCCGCUGGCCUGUCGACCAUCGUAGACGGCAUUCUUUGCAGCCGCGCGAUCUUCCAGAGAAUGAGAAGCUAUGCAGUGUAUCGAAUUACUUCGACCAUCCACUUCCUCAUCUUCUUCUUCAUCACCAUCCUCGCCUGGAACUUUUCGAUCCCCGAUAUCCUCAUCAUCAUGAUUGCUGUCCUGAACGAUGUCGCCACCCUCGUCAUUUCGGUCGACAACACCAAGACCUCGACAAAGCCCGACAAGUGGAGGCUCGGGCAGCUCUUGACGCUUUCGUUGGUGCUGGGUCUGCUGCUCGUGGGCAUCUCGUUUGCCCACUUCUUUGUGGCGCGGGAUGUGUUCCUGCUCCCGAUCGAGCAGGUCCAGACGGUGAUGUACCUGCAGAUCUCGUCGUGCCCACACUUUGUGAUCUUCUCGACCCGGCUUCCGUCGUGGUUCUGGGAGAACACCCCAAGCUUUACAUUUUUGUUCGCGGUACUGUCGACUCAAGUCUUUGCGAUGUUCUUGAGCAUCUUUGGCGUCCCGUUCCUCCAGAUUGCAAGCAUGUCGGCUGGGCCUGGGGUUGUUCCGUCAUCGGCAUGUCGCUGCUUGUGCCUCAUCUUCCUCGAUCUGGUCAAGGUCCUUAUCAUCCGCCACUGGUCGUUCGAGCUCACCGCUCAGCUGUGCCCGACCCCGACCCGCCGCGAAAAGCUGCGACAGCGCCAGGCCUCGCGACAGGUUCAGGAGCGAGUCGAGCGGUCGGUCGGCAAAGUUCGAACGGUCGUCAAUGUGGUCUCGGCCGCGGCGGCUCUGCAGGGCAACGUCAACAGGGAGAGGCUCCCCAACGACAGCUCCGACAUGGUCUAG